AUGCGGCUGUCGUGGAGCGCGGUCAUUUCCGCCCUUGCGGCGGCCACGUCGGCGCUGAGCACCACGGGCUCUCGACUGCUCGUUGUUCUCGACGACGUGGCUGACAAGGCGGCAUACGGACAGUUUUUUAGUGACUUGGCUGCUCGCGGCUUCGACAUCAACUACGAAACGCCUCGAAGCGACAAGCUGAGCCUGUUUGAUCUCGGCGAGCGCAGAUACGACCACCUCAUCUUUCUGCCCACAAAAGUUAAAGCUCUUGGCCCUAAUCUGACCCCCAACCUGCUCGUCGACUUCGUCAACGCCAAGGGUAAUAUCGUGGUCGGCCUGUCCUCGACGACGCCCACCACGAGCUCCAUCGUGUCGCUGCUUGCCGAGCUCGAAAUCUCCCUGCCCGCCGAACGCACGGGCACCGUCGUCGACCACUUCCACUACGACGCCCUCUCGGCGCCCGAGACGCACGACGUGCUCGUGCUCGACACGCCGACGCCCAACGCGCGCGCGGGCCUCAAGCCCUACUUUGCGCUCCCCGACGCCGUUAUUGCCGUACCGCACACGGUCGGGCACGUCCUCGGCAACAGCCACCUGCUGACGCCGAUCCUGCGCGCGCCCGACACGGCGUACAGCUACAACCCUAAGGAGCAGGCCACCGUCGUCGAGCCCGACGAGCUCUUUGCCGCCGGUCGGCAGCUCGCGCUCGUCUCGGCCCUCCAGGCCCGCAACUCGGCCCGCGUCGUGGUGCUCGGUGCCGAAAUGCUCCAGGACAAGUGGUUCGAUGCCAAGGUGGCCAAGGUCGAUGGCUCCCCGACCAAGACGCAGAACAAAGAAUUUGCUCGCCGUCUCUCAGGCUGGGCGUUUCAAGAGAUUGGCGUCUUGCGCGUCAAUGACGUCGAGCACCGUCUCGUCGGCAGCGACGAGCCCAACCCUAGCCUCUACAGAAUCAAGAACGAUGUGACAUACCGCAUCUCACUGUCUGAGUACAAUUGGGACAAGUGGGUGCCCUUUUCUCUCCCCGAGCAGGACGCGCUGCAGCUUGAAUUCUCCAUGCUGUCGCCCUUUCACCGUCUCAACCUGGCGCCCGUCGGCAAGACCGCCGACGCUGCCACCUACGGCGUGCGGUUCACGACGCCCGACCAGCACGGCAUCUUCAAUCUCCUCGUCAACUACAAGCGCCCCUUCCUCACCAACAUCGAGGAGAAGCGCACCGUCAGCGUCCGCCACAUGGCGCACGACGAGUGGCCGCGCAGCUACGUCAUCUCGGGCGCUUGGCCCUGGAUCUCGGGCAUCGCCGCCACCGUGGUCGGCUUUGUGGCCUUUUCUGCGCUCUGGAUGUAUAGCAAGCCUACGGAUGCGAAGAAGAAGAAGACGCAGUGA